AUGGCUGCCACCGAGGAAGAAGGCGACCUGACUUCUCUGCAGGUGGCCCACGGCAUCCAAGCACACCUCAACCACGAGGACUGGCCGGCAGUGGACGAGCGGACAGUUGCCUGCAACGGCGGGCCCGGAGGAGGGUGUCCUGCUAACCCCUUCGAACGCCGUGUCGCGAUCUCCUUCCCUUGCGGGGCGACGGCUAUUGUAUCCGCCGAGCGGGUGCCGUUCCUACAACUGGCCGGGUCUCCUCCCUCCUCGUGGGUCUUCGAUCGCCACGUGCAGGAGGCGUCGCGUCGCUCCGACGACUUGUCGCGCCGUGUCGUGCGCACCUACCAGCUGUACUCGCGCGCCAGCGGGGCCCACGUGCAGGUGCUGGGCCCACAGAUCGUGGCGCGCGGGGGGGACGGGGACCCCUACGCGCUGCUCCGGGCGGAGACGGAUUCGUUUGGUGGGAACAUUCGUCUGCUCGGGGUUCGGACGCGGUACCACAUCUGCAUGGACAGGAAUGGCAACCUGGUGGGCAAGCUGGACGGCCGUGACCGAGGUUGUGUCUUCACCGAGCUCUACCUGGAGAACCACUACACGGCGCUGCGGAGUGCGGAGCACCCCCAGCGCUUUGCGGCCUUCGACCGGCGUGGACGCGCCACGAGGGCCGCCAGCGCCAUCACCAGCGCCAUGG